AUGGCAAUUUGUGAUGCAAAUUAUUGUUUUACAUUUAUUGAUGUUGGAGCAUUUGGAAAUUUUAGUGAUUCGUCUGUCUUCAAAAAUAGAAAAUUCUUUGAAAAACUUGAAAAUGAAACAUUAUCUAUACCUCAACCUAAACCUCUACCAGGAGAUAACGAGAAUGGUCCUUUACCUUACGUAAUUUUAGCCGACGAAGCUUUUGGAGUUUCUAAAACUAUUUUAAGACCAUAUGCUAGAACUUGUUGUGUACUUCACAACUUUGUUCGUGUAAGAGAUGGAUAUCAAUUUGCCCAUACAUUGAGUAUACAAAGUUUUGAAACUUCAAAUGAUACAAUAGAUACACAAAACAGAUCCGGCAAUACAAUCAGAGACAUGUUUGCAAAUUAUUUUUUGGCUGAUGAAGGAAAAGUCGAAUGUCAAGAUAAGAUGAUACAUUAA